AUGGCGAAAGUGCUCAUAAAGCCAGAGGAUCCCGAAUUUACAAGCAUCCCAAAUGAAAUUCUAAAUAACUCAAGAUACAUGCCUCAUUUUAAGGAUUGUAUUGGCGUUAUUGAUGGUGUUCAUGUUCAAGCUUCGAUUUCUCCAUGGUGGGAAGGCACUGCCCAUGACAGUAGAGUAUUCUUAUCGGCUUUCCGCAAUCCUCGAUCGAAUUUUACUAAACCUCCAAAUGGAAAAUAUUAUGUGGUGGAUGCCGGAUACCCACAAAUGAAAGGUUUUUUAGGACCGUAUAAAGAUAUGCUCAACAAUAUCGUGAUUUUGAUGAAAGUGAAAAAUUACUCAAGUGAUGACAACAAUGAUGAGAUGAAAGACAAUGCAUAUGAAGAAGAUGGUCCGGGAAGACAAGAAAUGGAGAUGUUAAGAAAUACAAUUGCAUAA